AUGAUCGAUUUGUUCACAUUGAAUCCCGACCGGGAAAUGGUCUUGAUUGGAACUUGCUAUAUUGUUAUUGCAUUUUUUAUAUUCCCCUUGUACGGAAUUGUGCUAUUGAUUGUUCAUAGUCGAGAUGAGUUUCGUAAAAACGUUUCCUAUAAAUUAAUGAGUUUAUUAUAUUAUUUUAUCUGCGGUCAAACGUUUUGUCACGUUUUGACUGGAAUUAUUCUAAUUUUUCCAACAUUUCAAGUGGAAUUCGAGCCAUUUGUGAGGAUAAUUGGGUGCUCUAUAAACUCAAUGUGGAUAGCAAUGUUUCCAAUUUUGGCAAUAUUGGCGAUUAGUCGAAUGCGGAUAACAAUGAAUAAAGCGGAUCCGAAUCAAAUGGGCCUAGGUGUUAAGAUAGCCCUGAUUCUAGCAUUAACAGUUAUUUUCCUAAUUUGGAUCUUUGGAUGUAUCAAGCAAAACUUCAAAUUUUCCCCGCCCGGAUGGUCCUAUGAUAUGACAGUCGAAUAUGCCAAAUUUUUCUCAGCUCUCGAGCUCGUUGUGUGCAUUCCAACACUGACUCUCUCAUUUUCGGCCUACAUCAUAAUAGUUCUGCAAGUUUACAAGAAGCGACGCAUGGCUUCAAUGCAACGCUCCCAUCGCGCAGAAUGUCGAAUAUUGGUUCAGGCAGUAAUUAUCACCGUAUACCUGACAUUAUUGAUUGUUCUAUGGUAUAAUGAUGAUGAAUGGUUUCCCGACUCACAUACGACGACGGCACUUCUCCAAAUUGCUUGGAUCGCAUUUGGGUACACGAAUCCGUUAUUAUUAAUCACUCUUAACAAAGGACUUCGAAAUCAAUUGAAGGCGACAUUUUUUAGGAAAAAGUCGAGCGGAAAUGAUACCCAUCAGACACGUGGCAUUUCCAAAAUUGUGAUGCCAAUGUGA